GCUACCGGUAACUUAAUAGCAUGCCCAUUGCCAAAUUGCGUGAUUGACUCCGAUGGAAGACCGAUGACGGCUGUGACAUAGAGAAGCUUACAAAGCCCACCCAAGAAAGGCCGCAGUCCAAUUGUACGAUUUGGUUGCCGGCAGUGCAAGUGAUUCAGGCGCGCAGUCCAGUCGGUUCAAGCUCACUCACAAGAAUAAAGUGGACUGUGGCACCAGUAGGCUUCAUGAAGCUAUUCUCACAUCGCAACACUCAAAUUGCCCGGGGUAUUCUUCCACACUCUGCGCUACUGCGAUUAUCCAGCACGGGUCGUCGAGCUCUCUCUACAAGCAUGGCUACCGGACUUCCUGAUAAGUUGCGGCCUGCUGCCCGUGUCGCGGGACAGAGACAAGAUGUUUGGACAAUCGUCAACGAAGCUGCCGCGGCUUCGCCUAAGCAGCCUAUUGUGAACUUGGGACAGGGCUUCUUCGGCUACAAUCCUCCUCCCUUCAUCAUCAACGCGGCGAAGGAUGCCCUUGACAGGGUGGAGUGCAACCAGUACAGCCCGACCAAGGGGCGCCCUAGAUUAAAGAAAGCCAUUGCGGAUGCUUAUACCCCUUUCUGGGGACGCCAGCUCAACCCGGAAACGGAGGUCACCAUUACCACCGGUGCCAAUGAGGGCAUGCUCAGCGCUUUCAUGGCCUUCAUCGAGCCAGGCGACGAAGUCAUCAUCUUCGAGCCUUUCUUCGAUCAGUACAUCAGUAAUAUCGAAAUGCCAGGCGGCAAGAUUGUUUAUGUGCCGUUACACCCUCCCAAAGAUGGAGCAACCAAGACGUCCUCUGCUGGAAAUUGGGCAAUAGAUUUCGACGAGCUGGAGAAGGCCAUUACCCCCAAGACCAAGAUGAUUGUCCUCAACACCCCACACAACCCAGUCGGCAAGGUCUUCUCAAAAGAUGAACUCCAAAAGAUUGGUGACCUGUGUGUCAAGCACGAGAUCAUCAUUCUUUCCGACGAGGUCUACGACCGCCUCUACUACGUUCCCUUUACACGCAUUGCGACCAUCUCACCAGAGAUCGAGCGGCUUACUAUCACUGUCGGCUCUGCAGGCAAGAACUUUUACGCCACGGGCUGGCGAGUCGGUUGGCUUCUUGGACCGGAACACUUGAUCAAGCACGUUUCUGCAGCCCACACGCGGAUUUGCUACUCCUCUGUUUCCCCUCUACAGGAGGCUUGUGCUGUUGGUUUUGAGCAAGCCGAGAAAGAAGGCUUCUGGGAGGAGACUGUCAAGGACAUGAAGGGCAAGAUGGCGCGUUUCACUGAGGUCUUUGACGAGCUGGGACUGCCUUACUCCGAGCCAGAGGGCGGCUACUUUGUCUUGGUAAACAUGGCCAAGGUUCAGCUUCCUAAGGAUUACCCGUUCCCUCCACAUGUGGCCAGUCGCCCUCGAGAUUUCAAGCUGUCCUGGUUUUUGAUCCAGGAAGUGGGUGUUGCCGCCAUACCGCCUACUGAGUUCUACACAGACCCGAACACAUGGAUUGCAGAGGAUUACAUGCGCUUUGCCGUGUGCAAGGAGGACGAUAUCCUUGAAACUGCAAAGGAGAGACUGAGAGGAUUGAAGCAGUAUAUAAAGGAAUAGAUGACUACAGGCUUUACACUGAAAAUAAUAUCUGGGGUAUACUCGCAUGAGGACUCCGUAUACUCGUGAACGCUUUUCUCUCAUUCAUUGCAGACCUUUCACGAUCUGUAUGGAA